CUCCUCUUCCUCCUGCCUCGCCUCCUCCUCUUCCUCCUGCCUCACCUCUCUAACCCUAGACCCGUGCCCGCCUCCGUCCAGAUCGAAACCCACGCCGCUGUCAUCUCGUUUGCCCAGCAGGCCGUCGCCGCACCGCACGAGGUGGGAUGUGACCCAUGCCCCCGCCGUCUCCUCGACCCAGCCGACCACCCCUCCUCUACGCGCCUCCCUCCUCCUUCCCAUCGGGAUCGGUCGCGGCAAGCGCUCGACCCCCACCUCGCCGCCCCCUGAGCCAGAGGACGAGGGCCUCAUGCGCGACCUCUUCGUGCUCUACCGCGACCCCGCGCACCCGCCACGCCUGCUCGUGGUGCAGUCGCGCCUCCGACGUGGCGCCCUCCUCGACUCCAAGCUCUCUGAGGUGCUCAACCUUGCCAGUUCCCUCGAGGGGUCCCGCGACGGCUUCGAACACGCUGAGUCCACUACCAAGGGCGCGCUGCCGCACCUCAUCGCCCAGAGCCUCCGGCGGGCGCAACCAUGCCGUUCUGCGCCGGUUGGACGGCGUUCAGGCGCAACCCCGGCACCCACUGAGUACUGCCUCUGCUACAACCUCCCUCGGUGAGCUCCAUCUUCCUCCCGCUCCUCUGCUUCGGCUACUGUAUGGGGCAUGGUCGUGGCUAUGUUAUGUGGUGCUCGUCUGGUUGAUGCUCUAUGCCCUACUCAUGCAUCAGUUCCUACUUGAGCUCUGUAGUUGUGGAUCCAUGCUAUUCUAGGGUUUGCAUGCUGUUGUUCAUGUUUACUUGCUAUCAUAGGAGCUCAUGUGCUUCUCUAGUUUACAUGUUGAUGCCCUGGUCCUAUAGCUAUGCUCCUGGAUUUGAUUUCGGAUGCGUUUUGGGCCGUUGGAUCUUGCCCGCCCGCUGGAUCAAAAAGAGACACUUAGCUGGCGCAGGGCUAUGAUGAUCGGUUAUGGCUUUUAUAAGCAUGCUCUCUAGUAAUUGA